AUGUCAUUGACUAGUGCUAGUAAUAGUAAUGAUAAUGUAUGGACUCCACUUUUUGAUCGUUUCAAUCAAGUCAUGCGAACUGAAGCUGAUACGCUCUUCAAACAUAUUGCUGAUAGUCAAACUAAUCUAAUAAAUGAACAUGAUAGUUUACGAAAAGAGAUUGAGAUUUUAAAGAAAGAAAAAGAUGAAAUGACUAAAUUGUUGAAGAAAUACGAUCAAAUUGUAACACUUAAUGUUGGUGGUCAAUUAUUUACGACUACAAUGGAAACUUUAACUAAAGAAGAAUGUCUAUUCACAAAAAUGUUCAAUGGACGAUAUGAUCUUCAAGAAUGUCAAGGUGCCACAUUCAUUGAUCGUGAUUCAACACAUUUUAGGGUUUUGCUCAAUUAUCUACGUACAAAUGUAUUCAUUGAACCAAAAUCAGCUGAAGAUCGUACUGAACUUCUUUUAGAAGCUGAAUACUAUCAGAUCUUAUCAUUAAUCAAAAAAUUGAAAAAAGAUACAAUAACGACUGCUACCAUAGUUGAGAAACUUCUUUUUGAUCCUAUUUAUCAUCAUCCAGAAGUGAUUAUUUCCGACCAAGGACGCACAGCUAUCUAUAAUGGUGCAUAUGCUACGCUUUUAUAUGCAAAAGUACUGAAUCUUCCAUGGUACCAAGGUAGACAUUAUUGGGAAGUAACAUUAAACGAAAAAAACCGUUAUUAUGCAUCGGUGGGUAUUGCUACUCCUUCCUGGGAUGCAAAAAUACGUUUAGGUGAUGAUUCAUUUAGUUGGACGUUGAGAAUGGGUCCUUCAUGGAGUGGCGAUGAUUUUACUGGAUUGAGACAUAACAAUAAGUCGUCUCCUUAUUACAAUGAAUUUGCUCAAGGUACACGUAUUGGAAUAUUAUUAGACUUGAAUGAAGGAACUUUAGAAUAUAUAAUCAACGGAACACGAAUAGGAGUGGCCUUUACCAAUGUUGAUUGUCAAGAAUCAUCAUCGAUUUUACUUGUUGAUUUACUUCAAUUUCACAAUCCAACGGGUAUUACUGUCAAUGGACAAUGUUGUGAUGGUUCAUUUCCUUCUGCAAAUUUUUGUCCUAUGUCAAUAUCCUGUAAUUUAUAUACAAUUGUUUGUUUGGAUUUGAUAAACAGUGAAAUUCAAUCAAAUUGGACUUCAUGUCCAUUGGGAAUAAAAUCAACACAAAUAAAAGCAAAUAGCACUAGUUUAUUUAAUUAUUAUACAAUAGAAAAUAUUACAAAUAUUUUUCCACUUCAAUUUCAAUUACCACAAAUAAAUGAUGAUUCAAUUCGUAUUAAAAUCUUUGUUUUUUAUAAUAAUACGAGCAUGCUAUUAAAUCAAUUUUAUACAACAUUUCAUAUGGAUUCAUUGGAUGGAUUAUUUCAACAAAUGACAUUAAUUGACUUAACAAAAAAUAUCUCAAAUAUUAAUCAAAUAAUAAUUGGUGUAAAAAGUUAUUGUCGACCAACAUUUUAUGGUAAACAAUGUACAAUACAAUGUAUUCCAAAUAAUGAUUGUACAAGUUCAUAUACUUGUAAUUCAAUAACAGGUGAAAAAAUUUGUUCACCAGGUUGGUUUGGAAAUGAAUGUUCAAUGCAUAAUAUAUCUUCUACAUGUUUAUCAUCAGAAUUAACUUGUUAUAAUGGUGGUUUUUGUCGAAAUAAUCAAUCAACAUGUUGCUGUCCAAUCGGUUUUACUGGUAAAAAUUGUCAAUAUCUUUCAACAUGUAUACCAGAUCGUACAUGUUUGAAUGGUGGUUCAUGUCAUUCAACAUAUGAUACAAUUUCACGAAGUAAUUAUUUUAUAUGCAACUGUCCAACUGGUUAUACAGGUUUAUAUUGUCAAGAUAAACAACAAUGUCCAGCAACAUACUAUGGUCCGAAUUGUACAGUUCAAUGUUCAGCACCGAAUUCAUGUUCUCAAGGACAUUUUUAUUGUAAUUCCGAUGGAGAAAAAGUUUGUUUAUAUGGUUGGGGUCCAAUCAAUCUAUGUACACAAAAAUUAAUUGCUUCAAUCUUUGAUACUGAAUGUUCAGUAUCAACAGGAUGUUUAAAUGGUGGUUCAUGUUUUAAUGGUUCAUGUUGUUGUCCAGCAACUUAUACAGGACGUCUAUGUGAAAUAUCUAUUGAUCCAUGUACGAAUAAUCCUUGUCAAAAUAAUGCUCUAUGUUUGUCAACGUCUACUGGUUAUAAAUGUUUAUGUUCAAGUUCUAUUUAUACAGGUUCAUUAUGUGAAAUUAAUCAAAAUCCAUGUCAAUAUUCGCCAUGUCAAAAUGGUAUUUGUCAAUUAUUAUCAAAUACAAGUUCAUUUAGUUGUAUAUGUUAUCCUGGUUAUACGGGUCAAUUUUGUCAUAUUAAAAUAAAUUAUUGUUUAUCUCAACCAUGUGAAAAUAAUGGAAUAUGUGCUAGUAUAGCUACAGGUUAUAUUUGUACUUGUUUAUCUGAUUUUACUGGCUUGACAUGUUCAGAUCGAAUAAAUUCAUGUUUGACUUCGUCUUGUUCAGAUAAUAAAACAAUUCAUUGUCCAAUAGGUUAUACGAAUCCGCCAAAUUGUAUUGAAGAUAUGAAUGAAUGUUUAUUAGCAAGAGAACCUUGUAAAAACGGUGGUAUAUGUAUUAAUACAAUUGGUAGUUAUUAUUGUCAAUGUAAUAAAGAUUAUCAAGGAACUGAUUGUAGUAUUCCAAUUGAUCCAUGUUUAAGUAAUCCAUGUGUAGCAUCAAAUUCAAUAUCAUGUACAUCGAUUAUGAGAGAUAUGACUUCUAUUGAUUUUAAUUGUACAUGUCGUGUAGGAUUUAUUGGACAACAUUGUGAACAUGAAUUAAAUCCAUGUGUGAAUAGUCCAUGUUUACAUGGUAAAUGUGUUGAAUUAACAACAUUAACACGAACAUGUAUUUGUGAACCUGGUUGGACAGGUAUUGAAUGUUCAGAUAAUAUAAACGAAUGUUUAUCAUAUCCAUGUUUAAAUGCUGGUAUAUGUCUUGAUAGUAUUAAUACAUAUCAUUGUGAAUGUUUAACUGGUUUUAUGGGUUCAAAUUGUCAACAUGAAAUUAAUCUAUGUUCAAGUAUUCCUUGUCAAAACAAUGGUACAUGUAUAAAUCAUAUUGAAUCGUAUUCAUGUUUAUGCCCAGUUGGUUGGACUGGAAAUCUUUGUGAAGUUAAUAUCAAUGAAUGUUCAUUUCCAUUAACAUGUCAUCCAAAUUCAACAUGUAUUGAUUUACCUGGUUCAUAUCAAUGUAUAUGUCCAUCGUGGUUAACAGGUCAAAAUUGUUUAACAGCUAUUGAUCAAUGUGAAACAUUUCCUUGUUUAAAUAAUGGUGUUUGUGUAAAUAAUUAUGGAAAUUUACCUACAUGUCAUUGUCAAGCUGGUUUCACGGGUAUUUAUUGUGAGGUUAAUAUUGAUGAUUGUCAAGCUACACCUUGUUAUAAUAAUGGAACAUGUAUUGAUCAAAUCAAUAGUUUUUUAUGUUUAUGUUCAUCAGGUUAUACUGAUUUAAGAUGUCAAACAAUGAUUAGUCAAUGUAAUAGUCUACCUUGUUUAAAUGGUGGAAUAUGUCGAGAUUCAUAUGAUGAUUUUCUUUGUAUAUGUCCACCAUUUUUUACUGGUAAACAAUGUGAACAACCAAUAAAUUCAUGUUUAAGUUUUCCUUGUCUACAUGGAAGUUGUACACCAACAUUAUCAUCUUAUACAUGUCAAUGUAAUAGCGGAUACACAGGUGAUAAUUGCGAAACUGUCAUCAAUCAAUGUGCAUCAAGUCCAUGUGGAUCAAAUGGAAAUUGUACAAGUUUAUCAACAAGAUUUAGUUGUUGUUGUGCACCAGGUUAUACAGGAUUAGAAUGUAAUCAAUUAAUCGAUAUUUGUUUGACAAAUCCAUGUUCAAUUGAAGGUGUUGAACGUUGUUUAUCAACAGGAAUCUCAUCAUUUAAUUGUUUAUGUAAACCAGGAUAUUCUGGGAGACAUUGUGAGAUAAAUAUAAAUGAAUGUUUAUCACAACCGUGUUUACAUGGUGGAAUUUGUAUAGAUUUUCAAAAUAGUUAUCAAUGUAUUUGUCCAUUAACACAUACAGGAGUCAACUGUGAAUAUUUACAAGAUAAAUGUGUAGGAAUUCAAUGUUUAAAUGAUGGCAAAUGUGUAAAUAAUGGUACAAGUUUAACAUGUUUAUGUUCAAAAGGUUUUCAUGGAGAAAAUUGUGAAUUAAUUGUUGAUUAUUGUCAAUCACAACCAUGUCAAAAUGGUGGUAUAUGUUCAAAUACAGAAUUUGGAUCACAAUGUACAUGUUCAAAUGGAAUCAGUGGUUCAUUUUGCGAGACAAUAAUUGAUCAAUGUCAAUCUAAACCUUGUCAAAAUAAUGGAACUUGUAAAUCAUUGAUUGAUAAAUAUGUUUGUCUUUGUCCAAAUGGUUUUACUGGUAUUCAAUGUGAAAAUGAAAGAAAUGAAUGUGAACCAGUUAAUCCUUGUUUAAAUUCUGGACGAUGUAUUGAUGGUUUUAAUAAUUUUUCAUGUAUAUGUAAUUUAGGUUUUACGGGUUAUUAUUGUGAAAGUCAAAUCGAUCAAUGUCAAUCAAAUCCUUGUUUAAAUGGUGGAAUUUGUCGAACAUUAAUUAAUAAUUUCAAAUGCGAUUGCCCACAAGGAUAUACUGGAUUGACUUGUUCAUCAAUGAUUAAUUAUUGUUCAAGUAAUCCAUGUUUGAACAAUGGUUUAUGUAUACCAUUGAUAAAUAGUUAUCGUUGUGUGUGUCUUGAUGAUUUUAUUGGUGUAAAUUGUGAGAAAACUUCAAAUGAAUGUUUAUCAAAUCCAUGUUUAAAUAAUGGAACAUGUAUAGAUGAUGUUUGGAAUUAUACAUGUCAAUGUCCAGUAGGUUUCGUUGGAUCUAAUUGUCAAAUGGAAAAAAAUUAUUGUGAAAGUUCACCAUGUCUCAAAGGAUUGUGUGUUAAUAAGUUAAAUGGAUAUGAUUGUAUUUGUCCUUCGUCAUCCUAUACGGGUAUUCAUUGUGAAAUACAAAUAAAUAAAUGUUCAUCAAAUCCAUGUCUAUUUGGCGGAACUUGUAUUGAUGGUUUAGAAAAUUUUAUGUGUAUCUGUCCAGCAUGGUAUUCAGGUUUAACAUGUUCCGAACAUAUUGAUCCAUGUAGAAAUCAAACAAAUUGUGUUAAUAAUGGUACAUGUAUAACAGAUUUAAAUAAAAAACCAUUUGGAUAUACAUGUCAAUGUUUACCUGGUUUCACUGGACAGAUGUGUGAGGUUAAUGUUGAUGACUGUAUAUCACAACCAUGUAAACAUGGAAGAUGUCUUGAUAAUAUUAAUGGAUUUUAUUGUCAAUGUUAUCAAGGAUAUGAUGGCGGUUUAUGUGAUAAUGCAAUUGAUCAAUGUAAAAAAUUACCAUGUCAAAAUAAUGGAACAUGUCAAUCAUUAAUGAAUUCUUAUCAAUGUCAUUGUUUAUCAGGUUAUUAUGGAAAAAACUGCGAAGAAAUUAUAACUGAACCAUGUUUAACGAAUUCUUGUCGAAAUAAUGGUACAUGUAUAGUAACAUCGGAAAAAAAUUCACAAUGUACAUGUUUAUAUGGUUACACAGGACGCGAAUGUGAAAUAAAACUAAAUGCAUGUGAUACAAAUCCAUGUCAUUAUGGAACAUGUAAAGAAAAUUCAAAUGGAUUUUAUGAUUGUUUAUGUUCAUCUGGUUAUACAGGAUUUCAUUGUGAAAUCGAAUUAAAUCCAUGUGAUAGUUUACCUUGUUUACAUAAUGGAAUAUGUAGUAAAUCAUUAUUAAAUACAUUUAAUUGCACAUGUUCAAAUGGUUAUUAUGGUAAACAAUGUCAACUGGGUGGUUAUCAAUGUCAUUCUGGACCUUGUUUAAAUAAUGGUACAUGUAUAAUAAAUGAUAAUAAUUAUCAGUGUAUAUGUCCACAUGGUUUAACCGGGAAUCGUUGUGAAAUUGAUAUUAAUGAAUGUGAAUCUAUGCCAUGUCAAAAUAAUGGAAUAUGUUUACAAUCAAAAUUAAAUGAAUAUCAAUGUCUUUGUCCUACAGGUUACACGGGUUCUCAUUGUGAAGCAACUAUUGAUCCAUGUUUAUCAAUAUAUUGUUUAAAUAAUGGUACAUGUAUUCGAACAAGUUCAACAACAGGAAUUUGUUCAUGUUUACCUGGUUAUACAGGUAUAUCAUGUCAACAUCAAAUCAAUACAUGUUUAAGUGCACCAUGUUUAAAUGGUACAUGUGUACCAUUAAUAAAUUCCUAUCAAUGCAAUUGUUUUCCUGGUUAUACCGGACAAAAAUGUAAUUCAAUCAUUGAUUAUUGUUCAACAAAUCCAUGUUUUAAUAAUGGUACAUGUAUAAAUCAAGCAACAUCAUUUGCAUGUCAAUGUCCAUAUGGUUUUCAAGGUCGAACAUGUGUUAUACGUGUACAAUCAUGUCAAUCAUCGCCAUGUUUAAACGGUGGAAUAUGUAUUGAUAUUGCACCUGGAUUACAUAAUUGUUCAUGUCCAUCAUCAUAUCAUGGAGAAUUUUGUCAAUUACGUGAUUCAUUUUGUUUAGAUAUGCCUUGUCAAAAUAAUGGACUUUGUCUAGAUACAUUAAAUGGUUAUCAAUGUAUAUGUCAACCUGGUUAUAAUGGAAUAAAUUGUACGAAUGAAAUUCAACCAUGUAUAUCAAAUCCUUGUUUAAAUAAUGGUUUUUGUCGUAAUACAAAUAAUGGACUUAGUUAUCAAUGUUUAUGUGAGAAAGGUUAUGCUGGACUUCGAUGUGAAUUAGAAAUGAAUUGGUGUUCAUCAAAUCCAUGUCAAAAUCAAGGAACUUGUAUAUCACGAUUAACAUCAUUUACUUGUGUUUGUCCACCCAUAUAUACAGGUAUAAUAUGUCAAAUACCAAUUAAUAAUUGUUCAUUAACAACAUGUAAAUAUGGUUUACCACUUGUAACAAGUUUAACAAGUUGUUCAUGUAUUUGUUCAAAUGGUUACACAGGUAAUCAAUGUGAUAUACCAAUAAAUCCAUGUUUAGAUAGCUCCUAUUGUAUACGUGGACAAUGUAAUUAUCUUAGUCCUGGUUUAGCUAAUUGUACAUGUCCAUAUGGUUAUAGUGGACUUCGUUGUGAUACAAAAUUAUCGAAUGAUGCAUGUUCAUCAUGUCCAUGUUUAUAUGGACAAUGUCGAAUAGAUGAAAAAUUAAAUGAUUAUAUAUGUGAUUGUUAUCAAGGUUAUAUUGGGCGACAAUGUGAAAUAUCUAUUGAUUUAUGUAAACCAUCACCAUGUUUAUAUGGACAAUGUAUAUUAGAUGAAAUGAAUGGUUAUCGUUGUAAAUGUUUACCUGGUGCUGAAGGAAAAAAUUGUUCCGAAUUAAUUCAUACAUGUAAUUCAAAUCCAUGUUUAAAUAAUGGAAUAUGUGUACAAGGUUUAAAUACAUAUCAAUGUGUUUGUCAAUCUGGUUAUGCUGGAAUACAUUGUGAAAUAUUAAUUAAUCAAUGUACAUCAUUAAUAUGUUUAAAUAAUGGUACAUGUGUUAAUCUACCAACAAAUCCACCAACAGCUAAAUGUCAAUGUCCAUCAUUAUUUACAGGUGUUCAAUGUCAAUAUCCAUAUGCACCUUGUGCAUCGCAACCAUGUCAGAAUUUAGGUACAUGUAUUACAAAUGGAGUAUCAUCAUAUACAUGCUUAUGUCCACAUGGUUUUACUGGUUUCAAUUGUGAAUAUAAUAUACAAGUUUGUAAUAGUCAACCAUGUCAAAACGGUGGUAUAUGUUCUGAACCAGCACCUUAUUAUUAUCUUUGUCAAUGUUUAUGGCCAUUCUAUGGUAUUAAUUGUGAAUUAAUGACAGAUCCAUGUUUAAGUUAUCCAUGUCGUGGUCCAUCAUCACAAUGUAUAUCAACACCAAUGUAUCAGAAUUAUACAUGUCUAUGUUCAAAUGGUUUUGAAGGUUCAACAUGUUCAAUACCCAUUGAUCCAUGUCGAUUAAAUCCUUGUGAAAAUAAUGGUUCUUGUAUACGAAUAAAUUCAUUAAUAUAUUCUUGUUCAUGUCCGAUUGGUUAUCAAGGAAAUCAUUGUGAAAUCGAAAUAAAUCCAUGUUUAAAUUAUCCAUGUAGAAAUGGAUUAGCUAUAAAAACAUCAGCAAUUCAUUGUGAAUGUCAAUGUUAUAAAUCAUAUUAUGGUAAAGCAUGUGAAAUGAAUAUUUGUGAAAAAAAUCCAUGUCGAAAUGGAAAUUGUAUUUCAAAUGGAAAUUAUUCAUAUACAUGUGAUUGUCCAAAUGGUUUUCAAUUUCUUAUGGGAGUUUGUACGGAUAUUAAUGAAUGUCGAACAAUAUCAGGAAUUUGUGGAAAUGGUGGACGAUGUUUGAAUACAUAUGGAUCAUAUCAAUGUUUUUGUAAAUCAAAUUUUUAUGGAAAAAAUUGUGAAAAUUUUGAUCCAUGUCAAUCAAUGCCUUGUAUUCAUAAUGGUAGUUGUAUUGCAAAUGAAAAUUAUCCAUAUUGGCAAUGUCAUUGUCCUGCAUUAUAUACAGGUUUACAUUGUGAAACAACAUUACAUAGUUGUUUAUUAAAUCCAUGUCGAACAGGUACUUGUAUUAAUCUUCCCAAUGGUGAAUAUCAAUGUCAAUGUUCAGAAGGUAUGACAGGUAAAAAUUGUGAUAUACCAUUAUUACCAUGUGAUUCAAAUCCAUGUUUAAAUAAUUCAACAUGUUUAACAUUAUCCCUAACAAAUUAUACAUGUGUUUGUCCACCAUUAUACAGUGGUUUAAGAUGUUCAGAACAACGAACGUCAUGUUCGAAAAAUUCCUGUCAAGGUAAUGCAACAUGUGUUAUUAAUUCUGUAACAGGAGAAGAAAUUUGUCAAUGUCCUGAUGGACAUUAUGGAAUUAAUUGCGAAUUUAUUUCUGCAUGUGGAUUAAAUCCGUGUAUACAUGGAACUUGUCAAAAUAAAAAUGAAACAAUAUUUCAAUGUAUAUGUAAUCCAGGAUCUACUGGUAAAACAUGUGAUACAUCAUUUAAUACCUGUGAAUCAAAUCCAUGUAUGAAUGAUGGAAAAUGUUCAAAUCAAGGCAAUGGAUUAUUUACUUGUGUUUGUUCAGCAGGUUAUUCAGGAUCUGAUUGUAGUAUACCUUAUUGUAUUAAUGAUAGUUGUUUUAAUGAUGGUAUUUGUUCGAUUCAAAAUAAUUCACUUCAAUGUCAAUGUCCAUGUGGAUAUACUGGUUCACGAUGUGAAACACCAUUUGAUAUAUGUUCAUUAACACCAUGUCAAAAUAAUGGUACUCGAUUUAUGAAUAAAACACAAUGUCAAUGUUCAUGUUUAUGUCCAUCGACAUUUACGGGUCAAUUUUGUCAAACACCAAUUAUACCAAUUAAUCGAACAUAUUCAGGACAAAUUGUUAUACCAUUGAAUCGAUCAGAAGGAUCAUCAUGGGAAAACAUUUUACAUUGUAUUGAUCAAGUUUGGAAUAGUCUCAAUGUUAUACUUGUUUGUCCAUCAUCAUUUACUCUUGCUACUCCAACAUUAUUUUAUCCCUAUUGUUAUCGAAUAAAUCAACAAAAUUUUCUUAAAACACAACAUGAAGCUUUUGAAGAAUGUGAAAAACAACAAACACAAUUAGUUUGGUUUCAAUCAAUGGAUGAAUUACAACAACAAUUAAUACCAGCUUUAUCUUCUCAAGGAUUAACACGAGACUUUUGGACAAGUGGAAUAUAUAGUUCUAAAAUACAUCGAUGGCAAUGGUUAUUAACAAAUAAUAAUACUGAAAUUGAUAUUGAUUCAUCGAUAACUAAACAACUUGGAAUGGAUUCUAAUAAUCCAUCACUUUAUGUUUCAUUUAAUCAAUCAUCUAAUCAACGUUUAACUUCAAGUUUAUCAUCAGAAACUUAUUCUACAUUAUGUAAAAUAUCUGCAACUAAUCUUCUAUUAAAUAAUCAAACACGUUCAAUUGUAUUAAAUUCAUAUCAAAAUGCUUUUAAUAAUCAAUCACAAGUUAUUAUCUAUAAUUUUAAUUAUACUAUACUUCCAACUGUUCAUUUAAAUACACCUAUUCAACAACCAACAGAUGCACAUUAUGCUGCUAUGUGUGGUGCUAUUGGAAACCCAUCAACAUCCGUCGAACCAUAUAGUAUUGAUAUUUGUGGAUAUUUUUCUUCAAUUACAGAUAGAAAUGUACAAUUAUUAAUGCAAACUAUUGGAACAUAUUAUUCAACUAGACGAAUGACUAUUACAACGAUACAACCUUACAUAGCUAUACCAUUAAAUAUUGAACAUUAUACAACAAUAUCUGGUAAUAUAAUGACACGAAUAGAAUUUAUUAUUAAAAGUGGAUCAUCAUUAAUUCUUGGUUCAAAUAUUGAACCAUUAGCAUCUACGAAUGAUAUAUUAAAUACAAUACCUUAUCGAUAUUAUCAACAAUGUGAACCAUAUAUAUCAUUAAAUAUUCUUUUAAAAUUAAAAUUAUGUAUUCCAUUAAAUGAUAUAUCAUUAUGGAUUGAUUUAAUUACAAAAGCUAUUUCUAUUACAACAGAACAAUCAAAUGUUAAUAUUAUGCUUAAAGGUGUUCAAGAGGGCAUUACAACAACAGGUCACCCAGCAAAUAUUGCAUAUUUCUUAGUAACAAUCAAUGGAAUAACAUAUAAUGAAACAAUGAUUCAUAAUUUAUCAUUAAAUUCAAUUUUACUUUUAAAAAUUCAACAAGAAAAUGAUAAAUUACUAUGUUCAAAAGAUACACAAAUUCUUCCAUUAGAAUAUAGUAUUCGAGAUUUUUAUGUACCAUGUCCAAUAAUAGACAUACUUGAAAAACAAUUAAAUAAUGCUUUGCAUCAAGCAGGAAUCUAUACUAUGAAUGUAAUUAUAUUUAAUAUUGAUGAAGCAGUUGAUAAAUUUGGACAAAUCUAUUAUAUACCAAAUAUUUUUCUUCAACAUAUCAAUGGUACAUGGCUUGAUAGUUCAUUUGAAUUAACAAAUCAAUUUUAUGAAAUUCUGAUAUCUAAUCAAUUUAAUCGUUUAUCAUUUCAUGUUUAUCGUUUAUCAAAAUCUUAUUCGUAUUUUUAUACAAAUUCUUUAUCACAAAAUGAUCGUAAUUAUCUUGAAAAACUUCUUUUAACUGUAUAUAAUCAACAAAAUUCAAUUCUAAGUAAUCAUAUUGAGAUUUUUUAUGAAGAUUUAUAUCUAAAUAUAACAUCAAUGAAAUCAAUUCAUCGAAUUUAUUUAUUUAUUUUUUAUAAUGAACAAGAACUUGAUGGAAGAUAUUUAUCAUCAAUUAUGUUAUCAUCCGGACAAUUUAAUUCGAUACCGAAACCAUUAAACUAUAUAUCAAAUCAAAUACCAACUAAUUUAAUUCAACAACGAAAUAUUCAACAAAUAACAUUUUUAGGAAAAAUUAAUAAAUUAUUAGCCGAAAAAAUUCUAAAAGAUUAUUGGCAAAACCCAAUUAAACAAGGAUUAAUAAAUGUUAAAAUUCUUAUUCUACGAGUACAAGAAUAUCUUGCUUAUUCAUCAAAACAAUUUUAUACUACAAUAACAUAUAUUGUAUUUACACCGGAUAGUUCUUCAAUUCCAAAUAAAUGUUUUAAUGCAAAUUUAAUUGGAACAACGAAUAAUUUAUGUAAUAUCAAGAAUAGUUAUUUAGAUAAAGUACCAGAUGGAUAUAUACCAUCAUUUAUUGAUUUGAAAGGACAAUAUACACAAAUACAACUUGAAGAAGAUAAUUUUGAAAAAAUAAUUACAUUAGCAUUACAAAAAAUAAAUAUCGAUGGAAAAGUUUCAUCAAUCUUGGCUGAAUCAAGAUUUGGAUUAGACAUGUCACUAGUUACACGAAUUUAUUAUAUGAUUAUACCAGAUCAAAUAAUUACACAAGAAGAAAUUCAAGAUCAAUUAAACUUUGUCUUCUCGUCGACACAAACACAAAAAUAUCAGUUAUACCCAAUUGAACAAAUAUCUGUUUCGCAUAAUGAUACUCAUCAAUAUAUUGCUAAUAUUUCAUUACCAAUAACUAGUUUCAUUCAAAAAGAUAUUGAAAAUUAUUUAACGUCAUUUAAUCCACAAUAUGGACAAGCAAAAAUUGUUUUUGCUGAAACAAUCAAUAGCGAUCAAACUCUUUUUUAUCUAAUUUUUAUUAAUGGUACACAAUUAAUAACUCGAUGUGAUUUUUCACUUUAUUAUCCUGAUAUCGAUACAUAUAAAGCAGCAAAUCUUGGAAUUAAAAGUCAUUAUCUUGAUCGACCUACUUUUCUUAUGCAAUCAGCUUCACUUGUCGAUAAUCUUAAACAAUUAUGGAAGAAUGAAAAUUCAAAUGUAUCAAUUCAAUUAAAAAAUCAAAUCCAAUAUAUUUGUUCUGAUGGAAAACGAUCUGUUCGAAUUGAUUAUAUAAUGAAGAACAUUUCAUUACCAACAAAUUCAGCAUUUGGAAAAUAUGUAAAUGAUUGUAUUUCACAUCCAGUACGUUCAAUAUAUUUAAUUGAACCACGUUCAUCAAAUAAAGAUAUUUAUGAAGCAUUAAAAACUGCAUGGCGUCAAACAAAUAAUAAUUAUCCAAUUACUAUUUCAUCGGAAUUUUUUAUUGAUUCAUCUUAUUUAACAAAUAAAAAUCUAACAUUAACACGUUUGAUUUAUACGAUAAAUUCUAAUUCAUUAAGAUUUAUUUCACCAUUAUCGAAUUCAAUUAAUCUAUCAAAUAUUUAUACAAAUAUUCCAUACAAACGUUAUACAAUUUAUCUCGAAAAUAAAAUAUUAAAUUCAACAGUUUUAUCUAUAAUUAAUAAAGCAUUAAAACGAAGUUGGUUAAAAGCAAAUAGUUAUCUUUUUUCAAUAAAUGAUUUGUUUAUCACAUCAAUGAACACCCGUCUAUCUGAUGAUGAACAAUUACGAAUUGAUUAUUUAAUUGGUUUAUAUUCUGAUGAUAUUGGAGAUUAUUCUCAACCAUCGGAAAAUAUUUAUUCACAAAUAUUUAAUGAAACUGGUUUAGAAACAUUAGUUUAUAUACGUUAUAUACCAAAAAGUAGUAAUGAAAUCUCCAUAAAUAAAGAUCAAUUAUCAUAUUUUCCAUUUGAUUAUCGAUCUGGUGGUCCGUUCUAUGGGCUUGAUUGGUGGGUUAUUUUAAUCAUUAUUAUUGCUAUAUUAACUACAUGGUUAAUUUUAUGUUUGAUUUGUUAUAUAUGUUUUCGAAAACGAACAACAAAUCAGUAUCAUCAUAAAAUUUCUAAUCGUCCAACACGACGAAUUGAUAUUCUUGCUCGUGAACAAGAUCAUUAUUUACGUCCAUCAUUAUCAUCUUUAGCAUUUGAUGGACCCUAUGCUGAAUCAUUAGAUUCAUCAAUUGAUGAUCAUCAACGAAUAUCUGUUCGAACCAUAUCGUCUCAACCUGAAUUACAAGUUCGUCGUUUGUCGGAACAAGAUUGGCCACAUUUUGCAAUGCAUAAUCCAUAUGGUUUAUCAUCUAAUUUAUCUCAUACAACAACUUCUAAUCGUCCUUUAUAA